UACGGUAGGGACAACAACCCUUCUUCCUCACAAAAUCAAAACUGAUCAAAUCGCAGCGUUCGAACCCAAACCAAUAAACUAAUCAAAAUGUCAGGUACGCAACUCUGCAUGUGGUGAAUGAGGACGAAGCCCGUUUGUGAUCUGCCUGAUGGAAAUGAUACUCACGCAUUCAUCUCUCGUUACUCGUUGACAACAGGAAAAGGAAAAGGAGGCCGUGGAGAAAAGAAGUCCACAACCGCAUCCGCCAAGGCCGGUUUGCAAUUCCCCGUCGGUCGUAUUGGACGUUACCUCCGUCAAGGAAAGUACGCAACCCGUAUGGGAGCCGGAGCCCCGGUUUACCUCGCUGCCGUCCUCGAGUACCUAUGUGCCGAGAUUCUCGAACUUGCCGGAAACGCCGCUCGUGACAACAAGAAGAGCCGUAUUGUCCCUCGUCACAUCACUCUUGCUGUAAAGAACGAUGAGGAACUCAACAAGCUCUUGGGAGGAGUUACUAUUGCCUCUGGAGGUGUUCUUCCCAACAUCCACGCCAUCCUUCUCCCCAAGAAGAGCGGCAAAUAAGCAAUGAAC